CUGCAUGGCAAUUAAGAUUUGUAUUGUAAAAUCUUUGCUUGGAUUGACUUAAUAUCUAAGAGACUGGAGAAGAGAUUGUGAGCCUCUGGAAGGAGUUUGUCAUCAGCUCCCAGGUAACAAUAAUGGGUGCCUUUGAAUAAAAAUGUCAGGAGCAAGCAACACCAUCAGGAAAUAGCACUGUCCACUCUGUGCUGGGGUGGUUACUGGUGAAAUGCUCUACUGGGUUUCACUAACAUUCUCAAAUGCCUAGACUUUCUGUUCCAUUUCUUCCUUCCAUUCCUGUGUCAGGAUGCUGUUCCCUCUGCCUCUGCGGGUAGCCUGCAGCCUGACUGCCUGGCUGUCUCUCUACGCUUGGUUCUGCCAUCGCUACAAGCACCGGAAUUAUGAAUGGAGCUGCAGGCUGGUCACCCUGACCCAUGGCAUCCUUGCUACCUGCCUCUCUGCUUACAUUGGCUUUAUUGAUGGUCCCUGGCCUUUAACUCACGCAGGAUCACCAAACACAACUCUUCAGGUGCAUGUGCUGUGCCUUAGCUUGGGCUACUUCAUCUUCGACCUUUGUUGGUGUGUCUACUUCCAGACGGAGGGUGCCCUGAUGCUGGCUCACCAUCUGGUGAGCAUCUUGGGCAUCACAGCAUCAUUGGCACUUGGGGAAUCAGCUGCUGAGGUCAACGCCGUCAUCUUUGGCAGUGAGAUCACUAACCCGCUGUUGCAGGCCCGAUGGUUCCUGAGGGAGAUGGGGUGUUACCACAGCCUCACAGGUGACCUUGUGGAUUUCUUCUUUGUGGUUCUCUUCACUGGGGUGCGGAUUGGAGUGGGGGCCUGGCUGAUGUACUGUGAGCUUGCCUCUCCCAAACCCAGGUGGUACAUUAAGUUGGGUGGUGUGAUCAUGUAUGCUGUCUCCUGGGUUUUCAUGGUCAGCAUCUGUCGAUUCGCUAGGAGGAAGAGCAUGAAGAAGUACCACGCUUGGAGGAGUCAGAGGAGUGAGGAGUUAUUCUUGAAAACUAAUGGACAUCUGAAAAAUCAAUGACUGGAUGCUAAGCACAGUCUUCCUCGAGUUCAUAAUCUGGCAAGAAGGGGAUCGUGCCUGAAAUGCCACUGUUGGGAAAGGAGCCAAUGCACGUUAGCAUUCUGGAGCCAAAUUUAUCUCUGGCAUAACUCCACUGAAAUCCAUGGAGCUAUGCCACGGAUUCAUUGAAUCUGCAGUGUUUGGCCUGGCACAGAUUGGCUCAGUGUGUAUAUAAGCAUAAACUAAAUGAUAUUAGUGAAAGAAGGGCUAAUUUUACAGAUUAAACAUACCUAGGUUAGCAGUGCAGGUGUAAAUAGCAGCUAGUAGCUAACUCCUUCAGCACUGGUACAGUCUUGGAAGAGAUGAGAAAAUAACACCAAGUCUUGAUGUUCAGUGUUCAGUGCAGCGUAGACAGCUAGAGUGACUCUGUUUAUGCUCUUAGGAGGAAACAUGUUCUAGUGUUUCAUGUGAGUUGGGCAGAAGUAGGAGUUGGGACUCCUGGCUCUACCACCAAUUUGUUAUGUGACCUUGGGCAAGUCACUUAACUCGCUAACUCUGUGCCUAAUUUCCCCAUAUGUGAAUUGGGGGUGAUGGAGCUGAUCCAUCUCUGUUAUGCACUUUCAGAUGUUUACUUGAGAGGUGCUAUAUUAAUGCAAAGUGAUGGUCGUUAUCUGCACUUUGUUCAUUAUCCCUGUGUUUCCUUUGGGAGAAAUAAUUUUGGUGGUUGAGCUAGAAUAUGCCUUUAGAAAGGACAGUAUUUUAGGUAGGCCUUUGUUCCCUACCCUUUCUAAUUGCUUUUAAUAACUUAUUUAUUAACUUAUUGAUAACUUAUUUUUUGGUAGCGCCAGAAGCUCUAAUCAACAUUGGCACCUUGCAGGACUAGGUGCUUUGUAAAUACACCCAAAGACACAGCCUUUGACGUGAAGCACUUCUGUGACUUCUUCCCUUUUCUUCAUCCAUGACUAUUAAAACAUUAUCCACCCCCUCCAAAUACUACCCUUAGUUCCCUGAGGCACCAGCACUACCCAUUAUAAGAACUUGCCAGUCUCAUUAUCAGGACUUGCCAGUAAGUGGUUCUGUGGCUGAUAGGCCUCAAAUAUGGGCCAAGCACUGAUUUGCCUGCAGAAUGCUGAAUUUCCCUCUACCGUAUUUAUCGGGCCAAAUGCAGGCAUAGCGUGGAGCAAGCUUGUGACCAAAAGGUUUGUCUGGAGACUGUCAGAAAAAUACCUUUCCCAAGAUACAAGUUGCUUUUAAAAAUAAGAAUACUAAAUGCAGAAUGUUUUACUGCAGCAAUACGCAAAAAAAAAUCUGUACUUGCCGUUUUUGGCAGCGUAAAGGGAACAGGAACCAGAAUCUGAUUUGUAGUAAAGGCCAUGUGUUUUUGUUCUCUUGAAAGCAUCAUUCCAGAUUCAGAUCAGUGUAUCUGAAUCCAAGGUCUGCACCAGGGUUUCCUGGGAAUAGUGGAUGACUGUAGGUAAAAUCUGAGAUCUCUGUGGGCAAAAUGAUUGGAAAAAACAGCUCGUUUGAAACGAACAUUGUUGGUUUUCCUCAAAAUAAUAGAUACCAGUUUUAACAAGAAUGUUUCCUCAAAUCCAGGUUGAGAUUUCUGGUUGAAAAGUGGCCAACAUGCAAAUCUUAAAAACAUGAUGGUUAGGGUGAAAGGGCUACACUCCUUCAGGUCCUUCCUCCACCCUGUUCAAGCCAGAGACCUAAUCUUGCCUCUCUUGCAUCUGAUUUGAUGACUUGACCCUUUCCACCUCCCACCCUGCCUCCAACUGGAUAAAAGUGAAAUUUUAUGGGAUAAGAGAGAAUUAUUUAUCAGCCUGGUGAGUAAAGAAGUGUAGAGAAGUGAACCUACUUGAGAGAACAGAAGAACAGUUAAGUAUUACUUAUCUGGUCCCCUUAGCAGGGAAAAAUUGUCCCCUAGUUUACAACUGCUGUUGUUUAUUUCACUGUAUGUUCUUAAGCACUGUUGCUUUACUGUUGCUGUUAUUAUGAUCAUUAAUUCUGAGCCUCAGCACCCGAGUUGCAGUGCAGCUCAGAUUGCAGUUACGUUCUGAGCCUUGCCUGUUGCAACCAAAGAUCUGAAGAGCCCAAAGGGCUUCGGACAAGUAGAGCCAACUGGCAGUGAGCUGAUCCUUAAAAGGAAACUUGACUCAUUUAGCACAGUGUAGUGAUAUAGCUGUUGAGCCUUGAGGGGAGAGAAGGGCUAGAUGGGACUUGCUACUUCUUUCUCAGCUCUGCUGCUGAUGUAGGGUGUGUCAAGGAACCUUUUUUGCCUCAGCUUACCCACCUUAUUAACAUCCCUACCUCGUGGGAUGUUUUCAUUUGUUAACACUAAGCCAUCUUUGACAAAUGCUUGGUAGUCUCUGUCAAGCUGUGCUGUAUAAAAGUAAAACGCUCUUGCUUUGAGUGAAGCGCUUCUCACUAUGACCUGUAAUAAUCAGUACUUUCUAACCUGAACAUGGCACUUGCCAGCAUCUGGUUUGCCUCACAAAAGCAUAAGUCCAAGAGGCUUUGCAGUAGUGCUUUAAGAGGCAGGAGUCAAAAGAGCAAGCUAGACAUAUAUGUAAGGGUCAGUGCUGUCGCCUUGUGUUCAGAAGACUCUUGAGUUAAAGGAGGUCUGGUGGGUUUUCUCAAGUAAGCUCUGCAGUAAAUCUAGAGCAUGUAGAGCUUCAGCAGCCAGCCUGACCAAGGAAUAAGGAGUGAGAUGGUUUCAGGGAGAGCUUUCAGCAGCAAGUCCUGAGGACAUGUAGCAGAAAGCGGAGCCUGUUCAUUUCUCAGUGCAGUUGUUGACUUGCCCAUCAAGAAGGGUUUCCUGAGAAGUCCUGAUGGUUUGGACUCUGAUUUCUGGCGAGGUUAGUGUGCAGCUAAAUGUGUAGUUACCACCCUUCUAUGUGGAGCCUGCCCAAGUAGGUGUUGAGAAGAAGGACCCCUUUCUUGGAACUGGGGGGAACUUGGUUGGGAGAAGCAGAGCUCUGUGAUCAAUGUUGAGGUUUCAGAUGCUAAACAAAUGCACCAGAAAAUGAAAGAGCAAUUAAGAGUGGCUCUGUGAGGUGGAGGUAGCAACAAUGUCUCAGAGCAGGGCUUUAUAGUCUGAAUAGUGGUAUCCAGUACAGAAACCCAAGGAUAGGAAGCAAAACUUUAAAGCUGAGUGGAGCAGAUGGUGUGGGGCCUCUGUCCUCAGGCUAGUCUAUGGUGACUAGGGCAAGUUGUAAAAGUAACUGCAGAACUAGUGUGAAAUACUAAUUUGUGUUUGAAUUACUGUGUAAUAGCCACUAAUGUUCCACCAGUGAAUGGUGUAGAUGCUUUGUAUUAUGUUUUAUAAAAUAAAUAUUCUUAAAUAAUAAUGAGAAA